AUGAACGAAGACAAUGCGGUGACCGACGAUAUGAAGCGGCAAGCUGCCAUGUUUUACAAUUCCACUGAAAGAGAAAGAAUAAGAGAAUACGGCGGUGAGACGUCAUGGCGCUUCUGGAGGAAGAGACGGCUGGUGGUCGCUUUGCUCGCAUUCUUUGGCUUCUUCAACGUCUACGCGCUGAGGGUGAACUUAUCCGUCGCGGUCGUAGCUAUGACAGAACCCAUGGAAAAAGUACUGGACAAUGGAACUAUAGUUUAUGUCCCAGAAUUCGACUGGAGCUCACAAACAAAGGGGCUGGUUCUAAGUUCCUUUUUCUAUGGCUACAUCAUCACGCAAUUGCCAGGAGGGUGGCUGGCUGCUAAAAUAGGAGGUAACAGAAUGUUCGCUAUCGGCGUAGGCGCAACGUCGCUUAUGACCUUAUUCACUCCACCGUUGGCGCACACCAGUACAGCUCUACUCAUUGCGGUCAGAGUGGUAGAAGGUCUAUUUGAGGGAGUAACAUACCCGUGCAUACACGCAGUUUGGUCUCGUUGGGCACCAAGUGAUGAACGAGCUAGGUUGGCUACCUUCGCCUUCAGUGGUAGUUACGUUGGUACCGUCGUGUCUAUGCCCAUAUGUUCUCUGCUAGCCCACUACACUGGCUGGCCAGGCAUCUUUUAUGUAUUCGGCAUAAUGGGCUUAGUUUGGACAACUAUCUGGUGGCUUGUGGUCAAGGAUUCGCCAGAGAAAGACCCACAUAUAACAGCGGCCGAACUCAAGUACAUUCAGGACUCACGUGGCACGCAAGCGGUAGAAGGUUCGAAGAUUCGACACCCGUGGCGUGCUAUGCUCACCUCUGGACCGGUCUGGGCUAUCGUCAUGGCGCAUUUCAGUGAAAAUUGGGGUUUUUACACACUGUUGACCUUCCUACCUACGUUCAUGCAAGAUGUAUUUAAAUUCGAAACGUCGCAGACAGGCUGGCUAUCAGCUGUGCCAUAUCUGGCCAUGGCCAUAGUACUCCAAGUAGCUGGCCACAUGGCCGAUUGGCUUCUGCGCAUGGGCGUCAUGACUAGGAGCAACAUCAGAAAGCUUUUUAACUGCGGUGCUUUCUUAUCACAGACUAUAUUCAUGGUCGCUGCAGCCUACGCAACUAGCGUGGUCGGUUGUAUUGUCUGUCUUACAAUAGCUGUCGGUCUCGGAGGCUUUGCUUGGUCGGGUUUCAGCGUAAACCACCUAGACAUAGCGCCCCCCCACGCUAGUGUGCUCAUGGGCCUUUCAAACACUAUUGCCACGCUGCCUGGCAUAGUCAGCCCUCCGCUAGCUGGAUCUAUUGUCACUGAUAAGACGGCUGAACAGUGGCGCAUAGUGUUCUUCAUUUCGAGCGCGAUAUAUCUUGUGGGCGCAAUAAUAUACUAUAUUUUCUGCUCUGCUGAACAACAGCCUUGGGUAGUGGAAUUCGAUAACGAUCCCAGCUUCGACACGGACGCAGCAUCCGUUACAACGACUAGGGGUUACGAUAAUAAGGCUUUAGAUCAUAACUCGGAGAUGUAA